GGUUCUCAAUGAUGCCGCCGUUCAGACCGUCAGCGGCCUCACGUGCUUUUCUCAUCUGUAGCAGGUGACUUCGUCCACUUCCUUCCCUAUACUUCAGACAACCUCUCGCCGGUCAAUGCAAUUGCUCUGAUUCCACAGCCCUCCUCAUCAACCUGGUUAUCCUUCCCCACUGCCUGUCAUGCGUCGAAAACCAUACCAUCCAUUCCCUACAGCCCGCCAAAACACUCACCCUAGGCGCAAAGGCAUCCCUCCACUCCCAACUCCCCGCCGAUCUAACCCAAGUGGCAUCAUUGAUCGAAGAUCGGUUGAGGAUGCCCAGUUAUCAUGCUUCACCAGAACGUCUGAAGACCUCCCCCCCGAGUUGCAACCGUUUCCUCCCGAUGAUGACAUGGAAUUGGAUGCGUUUGACCUUGAACUGCUUGCACAGCCUCAAGAGAAAUCACAAAGUCUCCAGGUAUCCGCCUACCCCACCGAUCGGGCUCCCUUGUCGUCUGGGCCAUCGCAAACAGCAAUUAACGUCUCUCGCUUCUUUCAUGUCGGACCCCACGCUACUCCACACCAAAGCCUCGGCUCGAGCUCCCCGGAUAUGGAUAUAAGGUCACAGUCGAGUCCGUUGGUCAGACUUCAGGCUGAGAGGAGUACCGCGCAGUCUCGUGACAGUGCUAUAGAAUACAGAGAUAUUCAUACACUGUCAUACCAUGAAGAUAGCCCAAUGUGUACCGCCUCCGCAGCGCGUCGUCAAGGAGAGCGAAAAGAUCUCUUCAAAAAUAUUCCGGCCUCCGUCCGAGGCAUUGUCCUUGUGUCGGUGCAUGAGCUUCCAGAUAAUUGUCGGGCAAUCUUCCCUUUCCCGGUGUUUAACGCCGUUCAGUCCAAAUGCUUCCAUUCUGUUUAUAAGACUGAUAACAAUAUUGUGCUCGCAGCACCCACAGGAAGUGGAAAGACAGUCAUCAUGGAACUGGCCAUUUGUCGGUUAGUAAACUGUUUGAAAGAUGAACAAUUCAAGGUGGUGUAUCAGGCCCCGACAAAGUCUCUCUGCUCAGAGAAAUUCAGGGACUGGACUAGAAAAUUCCAUACAUUAGGGCUGCAGUGUACAGAAUUGACUGGGGAUACAGAUCAUAUGCAGUUGAGAAGUGUCCAAAAUAGCCAGAUAAUCAUCACCACCCCAGAGAAGUGGGAUAGCAUGACUCGAAAAUGGAAAGAUCAUACGCGGUUGAUGCAGUUGGUAAAGCUAUUUCUCAUUGAUGAAGUGCAUAUUCUCAAAGAGGCGCGCGGUGCAACCCUGGAGGCUGUCGUAUCGCGCAUGAAAACAAAUGGAUCGAAUGUUCGCUUUGUUGCUCUCAGCGCUACUGUCCCAAACUCGGAUGAUAUCGCAACUUGGCUCGGUAAGGAUGCAACUAAUCAGCACAUGCCUGCUCACAGAGAGCAUUUUGGUGAAGACUUUCGUCCUGUGAAGCUGCAAAAGAUAGUGUACGGCUACCAGUCUCAAGGGAACGACUUUGCAUUCGAUAAGAUGUGCAGCUCAAAGGUUCCAGAUGUGAUUGCCUCGCAUUCUUGCAGAAAGCCAAUCAUGAUAUUUUGCUGCACGAGAAACUCGGCUGCUGCGACUGCGAAAGAGCUUGCUUCUUUGUGGUCCAGGACCAAUCCUCCUGCUAGACUGUGGAAAGGAUCAGGGAGGGUGAUGGAGGUACACAAUUUGGAUUUAAAAGCCACAAUUGGAGCUGGUGUUGCCUUUCACCACGCUGGCCUCGACCCAGCUGACCGGCGUGCGGUAGAGGCGGGAUUUCUCCAGGGACAGAUUAGCAUAAUCUGCUGCACUUCAACCCUCGCAGUUGGAGUCAAUCUUCCAUGUCAUCUUGUGAUUAUCAAAGGCACAGUCGCAUGGCAGGAGGAGGGCUGCAAAGAGUAUUCAGACCUAGAGAUCAUGCAAAUGCUUGGUCGUGCGGGAAGACCGCAGUUCGACGACAGCGCAAUAGCAGUGAUUAUGACAAGGAAAGAGCGCGAGAAUCGAUAUGAAAAGCUUGUCACUGGCUCUGAAAGUCUGGAAAGCUGCUUGCAUUUGAAUCUUGUUGACCACCUGAAUGCCGAGAUCGGACUUGGUAACGUCACCGAUAUCGAUUCCGCCAUACGAUGGCUCGCUGGCACCUUUCUGUUUGUGAGAAUGAGGAGAAACCCAACACACUAUCAACUUAAAGAGGAUGCUGAUAAGGAUGACGAAGAUGAGAUGCUUCGACGGAUAUGCGAGAAAGAUAUCAAGCUUCUGCAGGAAUGCGGGUUGGUCUCCACGAAAUGUCUCAAAUCAACCAAGUUCGGUGAUGCCAUGGCUCGGUAUUAUGUCCGCUUUGAGACAAUGAGGACGCUACUCACAUUGAAGCCCCACUCCAGCAUGUCACAGAUUCUUGCGGUGAUCGCAAAAGCGGAAGAAUUCCGCGACGUUCGUCUAAAGGCAGGCGAGAAGUCACUGUACAAGGAGAUCAAUCGCGCCAGCGCAACCCGGUUCCCCGUCAAUGUGGAUGUAGCGCUUUCAGCUCAUAAGAUCUCGCUACUGAUUCAGUCUGAACUGGGCGCAGUUGAUCUCCCAGACGGUGAACAAUAUCAGAAGCACAAAUUCCCCCUGCAGCAAGACAAGACUUUUGUUUUCUCACACAUAAACAGACUUAUUCGUUGUGUCAUAGACUGUCAGGUAGCUCUUGAAGAUUCCAUCACACUGCGAAAUGCGCUCGAACUUGCAAGAAGCUUUAGGGCCCGAGUCUGGGACGAUUCUCCGCUCCAGAUGAAGCAAAUUGAACAAGUCGGAGUCGUUGCAGUUCGAAAACUCAUGUCGGCUGGGAUUUCCAGCAUCGAGACACUUGAGCUCUGUGAGCCCCAUCAGCUCGAUAUGAUUUUGAGUCGGAAUCCACCAUUCGGAAGGAAGAUGCUUGAUCGACUCGUCGAAUUUCCCAAGCUUCGGGUAUCUGUCAAAAUGACCGGAAAGGACACCAAGCCUGGAAGUUCUGUGAGGAUUCAAUUCAGAGCAGAGAUUGCCUUCAUGAAUGAGAAGUGUCCGACGUAUUUUCGAAAACGCCCUGUAUACGUUUGCUUCCUAGCGGAGACUUCGGAUGGUCGUAUGAUUGACUUUAGGCGCAUGAGCGCAACGAAGUUGCCUAAUGGUCAAGACAUACUGUUGGGAGCGGAAUUGAAGGGGGCGGGUCAGUUUGUGACGUGUUAUGCGAUGUGCGACGAUAUAGCUGGAACUAUGAGGUCUGCACAGUUGAAGCCCGAUCUCCCUGAUUCUUGUUUUCCAUCUCAGCUAGAAGGUGUCAGUACAGUGCUUGAAAGACCCAUGCCGAAUAUUUCACGCCGCCGCAGCAAUGACAUAUCUCGAAACAACGCCAUGCUUCGGAGUCUCACAUCCUGGGAUAGUGACGAUUUGUUGUUUGAUGAUGUUCUGGAGAAGGACCAAGGCGAGAGCUUGUCGGCAGCUACCAAGCUGCCAGAACCCCCCAAAAAUAUAUCCACCAAGAAGCCGAGAACCGAGGAAAGAAAUUCGGAAGAGGGAAAAGUAGUUGAAGCAGAUGCACCUACCCAACUUGCCAAUGGCAAUUGGGCGUGCAAUCAUCGAUGCAAGGAUAAGACAACAUGUAAGCACUUCUGCUGUCGGGAUGGACUGGAGAAGCCACCCAAAGCGAGCAAAAGACCCGUUGUUGACGGAGAUAAGAAGGCAAGAGGGCUCAGCCAGACAACCCUUUCAGCGGCGGUGGUCCGGAAGGGUGCCAAUGAAGGAGUUUCUGGUUCGAAAGCGUGUGAAAAUCAAGCCGAAUUCCCUGAGCUAAAGUCAAAAACCCCAAGAUCUACUUCAAGUCAAGACAAGAAGCGUGAUAUCAAAACAGACAAUGUAACCUCCAAAAGCAAGUCUCCGAGUGAAUUUGAUGACGACAGCUUCAGUGACUUCCCCUCGCCGACGGUGUUGCUGUUCGGGAUACCAGCUACGCCGAAAGACCACGCAAAAGACUUGGGGAGCUCUAACGCUGGGAAAAGUGGAAAAGAUGUGAAUGAAGACUGGACGGACGACGAGAUAUGGCUGACUAUGCACUCACCAUUGCCGGCCGCAGGCCCAGCAGGGCAAGACAAAGUUGUUACAUCGAAGGAAAAUGCUGAAACGGCCUCAGGGACCCACAUCCAGAACGGAAAGACGGCCUCAGACACCAACCGUGGUACUGCGAGCCAAGCUUCUAUCUUCGAAUAUGACGAUCCCCCAGACUCGGAGAUAUUCCCUGGGAGAAAGCGGGAUCUUCCCUUCUCAACAACCAGUGAUGGUGGCAGUAACGGACAUAAGAAAUGUAAAAUUAACAAAGAGAACUGUGCUGCAGAAAGCCAGGAUAACAAAAGUGUUACUUCCAGUGCCUUCUGCCAGGGACCAAAGUCUGCUGAGGCGACAUUUUCGAAUAUACCAGAGGGCUGGGAAGAUAUCGACCCUGCCCUGUUGAGUGAGUAUAAAGACAUUAUCAAUUUGUUCUAG